AUGGCGUGGUAUUGUUCAGGCUCCACCAACACCGAGUUGAUUGACAACCUAUCCAAGGCGGGAUUGAUCGAGAAUGAACGGGUGAUAGAAGCCAUGAUCGGGGUUGAUCGAGCCCACUAUGCCCCAUCAAGGCCAUACUCGGACUCACCUCAGCCUAUUGGACAUGGUGCUACUAUCUCUGCACCGCACAUGCAUGGCCAUGCCUGCGAGUAUCUGAUUGAUCACCUCAAACCUGGGGCCCGGGUGCUGGAUAUUGGAUCCGGCUCGGGAUAUUUGACCCACGUUCUAGCAAACCUGGUGACAGACGCCGCCAAUGGAAGAUGGGGCACAGUAGUGGGCAUUGAUCACAUCCCCGAGCUAACAGAUCUGGCCCGGGCGAAUAUGAACAAGUCGCAGCAAGGGAAAGAAUUUCAGGACUCGUCGGCCGUUCAAUUCAUCACAGGCGACGGACGCCUCGGCUGGAAAGAGGGAGCGCCAUACAAUGCAAUCCAUGUCGGCGCGGCGGCCGAAUCCCUUCACUCAACAUUGAUUGACCAGCUGGGGGCCCCCGGGAGACUGUUCAUUCCGGUGGAGACGGAAAACAAUGGAGGCCCCGGAGAAGGACAGUACAUCUGGGUGGUUGACAAGAAGGGAGAUGGAUCCGUGCAGAAGGAGAAGGUGUUCCAGGUCAGCUAUGUGCCUUUGACAGAUGCCCCGAGAGGAUAA